AUGAAUCUCACUGUUAACCACCCCAGCAGGACUCCCGCGGCCGCACCUGACGAAGAUGGCGCGGAUCAGAUCGGCUUUGAUACGCCCCGCUCCGGGGUGGCGACCCCUCAACCCGACCUCCAUGACAAACGCCUGCCGGGCAUUAUGAGCUACUUCGGCCAGGUUCGUACAGAUUCUUCUCACAAUUCUGUAUCUGCCCCUGUCGCGUCGGAUCGCAAUCGAGGACAACCGCUUCCUGGUCCCUCAACGAAACAAGUCGAGACGGACGGGAAGGCUUCUCAGGUCAGCUCAGUGGAUGCUGUGCCCGGUGGCGAUCCUGAACCAACAUCCCCAUCACUCCCCCACCCCGAAGAGCGGCCAUCAUCACCACACCCUUCAUCCAUGGCACUGGUUCAGACACAUCAGUACCCGACACCGCCGAUAUCCAGACGGUCGUCGGCGGGACUUUUGAAAAGAAGUCUGUCGUUGCGAUAUGGAGAAUCACGGUCCGCGGCAUCCUCAUCUGCGCGACCGAAGCUCCAAAGAGGCGUCACAGAUUACCCGCAAAAAUGCCACAGCCUCACCCUCAUGUCCCAACCUUCAAGCAUCGUCACAACUUCAGUUGUGCAUGCUUAUCACAUAUCAAACCCCAGUCUUCACAAGCCCAUCACACCAACAUCCCCCAUUACUUUCCACGUUGGUUCAGCGCAGAAAGCCGCUUCCCUUCACAGCUCUUCGUCAGUUGAUCAGCUCAAGAAGCUAACACAGUUUGCGGGAUUCAAGAGCGGUCCACCAACUCCUACAAGGGCGCUUUCAACGGCGCAGCCCUCUCAGGCUGAGGAGAGGUCAACCUCCAAGAGAAGCAGCAACGAGACGGUCCCUCCUAGCGGCGUUCAGACACCCAUCCGCCGUGGUACCACCGGCGCUCAAGUUCCCGCUGCUCGCGGCAAACUCACGAUCAAGAUCGUCGAGGCCAAGGGCUUGCGACGUGCCAAGGACCCUUACGUCGUAGCGGUUUUUCAGAGAAGCGAGCUCAUCUCAGGAGGCCCGCGCUCCGUCGAAGAGGAGGAUGACGUGAACCUCCCGGCCCCCUCCUUUGGAGGCAUCCCGAUUCAAAGACAAGGCAGCGACUCAGGCCGCCCGGUCAUGUCUAUUCCUAUGCGCAGCCGCCAGAGCAGCAACACCAGCAUUUCCGAUUAUAACACAUUCCGCAACCGGUCCCGCCGAUCCUUCACCAGUCCAAAGUGGGACGCCGAGGCAGAAUUUGAUGUUGUUGAUUCGAACAUGCUGGUUGAUAUUUCCGUCUAUGACCACACCGACAAGGGAGAGGAGUUUUUGGGUCAAGUCGACUUCCAGGCCAACAGGGACUCCAGCAACCCAGCCAACUUCCAGGGCUUCACGUUUGUGGACGAGAGCGCUCUCGACGAUCACAUGAGAGAUAAGGGCCGCUAUGAUGACGAAGAGAUGCGUGAUUCUCACCACCAGGACGAUGACUGGGAUGACCUGGAGGACAUGAACCAGAGAGGCAAUCGCAUGAGCGGCAUUGUGCGCACAACCACCAACGAAGAGCAGAUGAUUGGUGGUGGUCACUUUGACGUUUAA